AUGGGUGCAAUUACGCGAUCUAAAUCACUAACCACCAAAUCUGUUGCCACUUCCCCCACCAAAGUCACAACAAUUACAAAAACAACAAUAGUUGAUUCGAAUUCAAAACUCUUACAAUCAUCAACUGGGAAUGCCAAAAUCAAUAAGAAACCGAAAUUAACCAAACCGAAACCUAAAUUGACCAAAUCAUCACUGGAUCUAGAAGAUCUAUUAACUCAUAUCACCAUACCACAAGAUCUUUCUCUUCCACCGAAAUAUAUUGAAGAUCAUACACCAGAAUUUAUCAAGGGAAUUUAUCAUAUACUUAAAAUUGACCCAAGUUUAUAUCCAGUUAUUGUACAUCAAAAUUUUAGAAGUUUCAGUAGUUUAACCUAUACAAAUGUAACUAUGAAUGAGAAUUACAAUAACACCAAUAUUGAUAAAGAUAAUCCAAUUCAUAAUUAUUGGUAUUCAUUGAUUCGAUCGGUUAUUGCUCAACAAGUAAGUGGUGCUGCCGCCAAAGCCAUUCAAACAAGAUUUGAAGGAUUAUUUAAUGGAAUACCAACCCCUGAUAAAACAUUGAAAUUCUCCGCUGAAGAAUUGAAAAAUGUUGGAUUAUCAAAUAUGAAAGUGAAAUAUGUUCAAAGUAUAAGUGAAGCAUUUAAUGAUCCCAAUAAUCAUUUGACUCAAUUAGAAUUUUAUAAACAAUCAAAUUUAGACGAUAUAUUAACUGAAUUAUGUAAAUUAAAAGGCAUUGGUAUAUGGUCAGCAAAAAUGUUUGCUAUGUUUACUUUAGAAGAAAUGGAUGUAUUUGCUGAAGAUGAUUUAGGAAUAGCACGAGGAAUGGCUCGGUAUUUAAAUAAACGACCUGAAUUGUUGAAACAAAUCAAACAAGAAUGUUUAAAUGAUGAAGAAAGUCAAUUAUUAUUGAAACGGAAACUGAAAUUUGCCAAUAAAACUGAUUCUAAACGAAAUUGGACCCCUAUUCAUGAUGCAUAUGUUAAAUAUGCUGCCAAAAAAUUCCUGCCUUAUCGUAGUGUAUUCAUGAUGAUUUUAUGGAGAUUGAGUUCUACAAAUAUUUGA